GAAAGCGGCCGAUACGGAAGUCGGCGCGCGCUUUUCGCUUGUAUGCAGCAAACCGAAGCAGGCUGCUGAGUAGGUCGGGAUUAAAAAGUAUCACAUCGCACACAGGGUGAAGAGAAAAAGAAAAAGCUGAUGUUUACCGGACAUCUCAAUGGAUGUGAAACAGGAGAGCUGUGAUGUGGACAGAUAUAUCAUGGAUAUUAAGGAGGAGGACUGCGAGUUGGAGUCCAUCUACCUUAAACAGGAAAGUCUGAGCAUCAAGGAGGAGAACAGUGAACUGCAGUCAGUGGGCAUUAAAGAAGAAGCUGAAGAGAAGUCUGUCAGUAUUGAGACGAUUAACCAUACAAAUCUGGACAGUGCAAAAGAAGACAACCUUCAUGAAGGAUGUCAAGAUGGAGUGGUGACCUGUUUAGACUCUUCUCAAAGCAGACAAUGUUCAUCUCCAGAGCCUUCUGUCAAUGUGAAGACUGAACCAUUACAGUCUAAACCAAAGAGGACUGAUAAAACUAUAUCGGUUAGAGCUCAGGAAAAUCGUCCACCAUCUACAAAGAAGUCUGGAAAAAGAAACAAAGAUCAGUGCAGUUUGGAAUCUGGAAAAGAAUUCUCUGGCAGAAGUGCUCUUCAGAUCCACACUGAAAUUCACACUGGAGAGAAGCCAUAUUGCUGUAAUGAAUGUGGUAAACGUUUUUCACGUAUAAACAGUCUAAAUGACCACACUAGAGUUCACACCGGUGAGAAGCCAUAUUGCUGUAAUGAAUGUGGUAAACAUUUUUCACGUAUAAACAGUCUGAAUGACCACACUAUAGUUCACACGGGAGAGAAGCCGUAUUGCUGUACUGAAUGUGGUAAACAGUUUUCACGAAUGAGCAAUCUUCAGAGACACACGAGAGUUCACACCGGUGAGAAGCCAUAUUGCUGUACUGAAUGUGGUAAACAGUUUUCACAUAUAAACAGUCUGAAUGACCACACUAGAGUUCACACGGGAGAGAAGCCGUAUUGCUGUACUGAAUGUGGUAAACAGUUUUCACAAAUGAGCCAUCUCCAGAGACACACUAGAGUUCACACCGGAGAGAAGCCGUAUUGCUGUAGUGAAUGUGGUAAACCGUUUUCAGAAUUAGGCAAUCUUCACAAGCACAUUAGAGUUCACACCGGUGAGAAGCCGUAUUGCUGUAAUGAAUGUGGUAAACAGUUUUCACAAAUGAUCAGUCUUCAGAAACACACUAGAGUUCACAACAGAAUAAAAAGGGUAGCAGUUCAAAAAUCAGUCCAGAAAAAUAAGCACCCUUCAGGACUUGAGGGUGAGGUUCACUUCUGUCUUGAAAAGUAA